AUGGAAAAAAUUGGUUUAACCAAAUUAUUUCUAUAGGAACUUUAAAUAUUCUUUGCACUGUUAUUAGGUGAAUAAUUAUUUAAUUUAGGUUUACAAUAAUCUUAGGGAUUAGACUCAAUAAUACCUAUAAUUAUGAAUUUAAUUUCUGGAAUAGUUUUUGUUGUUUUAAAAUUCAAAGAUUACAAUAAUGUAAAACUUAUUUGGAAAUUGAAAUUAUUAUUAAUUUUGAUAUAAGUAUCUAUGAAUGUGGAAAUGAGUCAAUAUUGUUUAAUAAUUACUCAUUUGUUAGAUGAUGAAUUUUUGAAAGGUUUCUGUUUAGGAACAGCAUUAUUAAUAAAUAUAAUAUAAGAUUAAGAGAUAAAUUAUAUAACAACAAUACCAAAUAGUAUUUUAUUAUUUUUCAAUAUAAUCAUAUGGUUUGUGUUCAUGUUUAUAUAUUGGACAAACACAAGAAGGGAGGAUGCAUAUAUUGAAAAGGAACUUCAAUAAAAAUCUAUUUAAUGUAUUAAUUAGAAUGAUAUGUAGUGAAAGAAUCCAUAAAUAAUAGAGAUAUUGGUAGUAGAGUAAAUUAACAAUAAUCAUUGAUGCAAGAAUUGAAUCCUUUGAAAAUAGAGUGUAAUGAAGAUGAAUAGAUUUUAUAACAUGUUGCAUGGAUAUAAAAUUAAUCAGUAUUGGUUUACAACAAUAAGCUAAACAUUGUUUAUUAGAAUAUAUUUUUAGGAAAAUUAUUAAAAUAAUCUACUUUAGAUGAAUAACAAACUUAGUAAUAAUCGAAACCUGAAUAUGAAGAACAAUUUUUAAGUAGUUAGAUUAUGAUAGGAAGUAAAGAAUUGAUUGAAAUAAAUAAUAAUAAUGUUGAUUAAUCAGUUAAUAGCGAGUAUAUAAUAAAUUUAAUAUAAGUGGUUCCUUCCUGUUGAAUAGGGUGAAUGAUUAUCAUAAGUGCCGAUUGAAAUAAAAACUUACAAUACGAGAGUUGAGUGUGAUGAUGCAAAAUGAGUUCGAUAAGUAGUUUACUUGGAAUUAAAGAGAUGGCGAACGUGUAUGGUGACUUUGUUUACAUUAAAGAGUGAUGUGUUCGAUUUUGAGAAUGUCUAAAUCAAAGCAUUUGUGAAUAAGAUAAAUGAGUGUUCCUAUGUCUUUUUCCUUUUUGAUUAGAGACCAGUACAAAAGAAGACUGAUGAAAGUAAUCUAUCAAUAAUAAAUGUAUUUACUACUUUUGUACAUGAAUCAGUAAGUUAUAUUAAUUGUAUUUUAACUUUAAUUUUAUUAAUUUAAAGUGACCAUGAGAAUACUCUAAAAAUAUCAUUGAAAUAGAAUAAUUAUACACCAAUUAAAUUAAUAAGUUAGAGAUUUUAUUUAUUUGUAAAUAGUAUGAGAGAUUAUAUUUUUUAUAUUUAAAAUUAGUUGUUUUUAAGAAUUUCAGCAUUUAGAGUAAGUGAUUUAGUAGAAGAGAUAGUAAAUUUAUAUGAAGAUAAUUUAAAGAUUAGAGAAGUCAAUUUAAUAACUUCAAUAGAUUUAAGUGAUAAUAAUUAAGUUUUAUUCACUGAUAAUGAUAGAGUAAUUAAAAAUAUUAAAAAUAUAGUUAAAAUAAAUUAUAGCUUGUUUAUUAACUUAUUGUUUAAAAUAUACUUCAGGAUCAUCUUUAAAAUUAGAUAUCAAAAGUUAUACUGUUAGUGGAAUUAUGAUAUCAUUUAAAGAUAGUAUGAUAGCUAAAGAUGAAAGUCUUAGAAAAUCUAUAUCAUCUUUAAUAAAAACUUUAAAUUCAUCAUUAAAAACAUAAUAAUUUUAUAAAGUGGAUCUAAAUAAUUUAUUAGAACUUUAAAUUUGUGUGAUAUUAUGUUUUUAAUUAAGUGGUACUUUCAAAAGAGGAAUUGAAUUUCUUUAUGAUAGUUAAGGAUAUGGAACAUUUACUUUUGUAGUAGAAUCAUAAGCUAAUUAAUAAAGAAUUUAAAGUCAUCAAGAUACAGGUCCAAUUAAAAUUAUUGGAUAAAGAAAAUAUUAUGAAACAUCUUUAUCUUUAUUAUUAGCUUAAGAUAGUAGUGGUUAUAGAGAAGAAUCAAAGUAUAUCAUUUAACAUUAUACAUUAGAUAUUACACAUUAAGUUAAUUAUCUAAAUAAUUUUCUAUGAAACCUGGAGAUGCUUUCGAUGGUCAUAGUGCAUAUUUCUCUUAAAUCUCAAGGAUUAAAUAAGAUUCAUCUAAUUCUAAACAAGUUUAAAAUUCUGGAUCUGUUCCUAAAUAAUCUAAAGAAUAGACUAUCAGUUUUUCUGGAACUUGGAAAUAAGGUUUUCCAGAUAUUAUUUAAUAGACAUAUAAAAAGAACAGAAAUGAAAGAAGUGAAUCUUAAUAAGAUUCUCUUAGAACUCAUUCUAUUUAUGAAGGAUUAGAAUAAAGUAUUCCAUCUAUACAUCCUCCUGAAUUUACUCCUAAAUUACUACCAUCUGUUAUUAAGUAUAGAUUAAGGUUGACAUGUUGUUCUAAAGUCUUAAUUGUUGAUAAUGAUCAUUAUAGUGUAUUAUCAUUACAGAAGGUUUUAGAGAAAUAUAAUAUUAAAUGUGAUAAAGCUUUCAAUGGAGUUGAAGCUUAAUAGAUGAUUUCAAAUAAACAAAUAAAACCUUGUCAUUGUGGAAACAGAUCAUACUUAUUAUUUUUCAUUGAAUUUUAUCUACCAGUAAUAAUCUAUAUAUAUAUAAUAAAUUUUUAGCUUUUUUAAGGAAUAGAACUUAUAAAAUUCUUGAAGGAUUAGAUGAAAAUAGGAUUAAUUGAUAAAGGAUUUGCAAUAAUAAUAUCUACAUUUGCUGAUUUGAAUUUAAAAUUAGAAUGUUUUAAGAAUGGUGCAGAUUAUUUUAUAGCAAAACCAUUUGAUUUAAUAGAUAUAGGAGCUGCAGUUUAAUAUUUAGAUUUUUGA